AUCCGGCCAUGGCGACGGCCGGAUACGAGUCGUAAGAUAUUCGCGGCAGAUUAGCUCUGAAAAAUUCCUGGACUGGAACUCGGGUUCCCCUCAGAUUUGGAUUGCGAAUUUCUAUACAAUCUGGCAUCACUGUACUUCGUUAAUAAGGUGAUGUAAAAGCUAAAGGUUUAGUGUUUAUGUCAAGAUGGCUGUUUGUUUUUUAUGAGAUUUAUAUAUUAUAGGAAAUAAGUAUGGGAAAAAGAAGGGAUAAAACAGUAAGAAGACAAAAGCUUCAGUUGAAUGAUGAAAAACCACCAGUGAGUACAGUUAGAAAUCCUCUACAGAAAAUAAUGCAAUAUAGUGACAGUGAAGAGGAAGGAAAUAAAAUUAAUAAUAAUGAAAUGUCAUCUACCAAUGAAAGUAAACAGGAUUCAUCAAGACACAUUGAUUUAGAAGUUGCUGAUUUUCUUAAGGAAAUUGAUGAGCUUAAUCCAAAUAAUGAAGAACCAAAUGAAGAUGAUAAAUUUCAUCCUAUUGUUGAAGAUAUUAAUUCGUCAAAUGUAAAACAAAUUGAACAACAUUCUUCUGAUAGUCAAUCUACAAUGAAACAAGAGAGAGAAAAUGCUGAAAAUAGUAUACAAAAUCAAGAUAACCAUGAAGUUUGCAGUACUGAAAACUUCAAAAGUAAUAAUGAUACAGGAAGGCAUACAUCUUGGCAACAUUGCUAUGAUGAACAUUCUGGCUACAUUUAUUUUUGGAAUAUGGAUACAAAUGAAGUUACCUGGGAAUGUCCUGAAGAAUAUAGCAGUUAUUUUCGUACAAUUGAUAAAGCUGCAUUAACUAACAAUAAGGAAACCAAGGAAAUUGGUUCAGUGGGAAAACAAAGAAAGAAAAGAGAACUGGAAAUGAAAACUCGUUCUGAAAUUCCUUAUGAUGGAAAAAUUACACCAAUUACAUAUUUUGAGCCACAUGUUUCUUCAGAUGAUUCUUCAGAAGAUGAGAAAAUUGAAACAAAAUUACCAAGAAAGAAAUUAAAAUCUUCUCAAUCAAGUUCAAGUCAAUCUAAUGUUAAGAAUAUAAAAGAUACUGAACCAAAAGUUCAAGGCUGUGCACCAGAAAAGAACAACAGUAACACAAAGAAAAGUACAUUGCAAGAUAAUGAUUCUUUAAUAGGUCCUCAACUUCCAUCUUAUUAUAAACCAAGAGAUUCUAAAUUAGAAGAAGGAAUAGAGUCAAAUUCAAAAGAAACUGUAAACUCUUUUUCACAUAAUAAAGAUUCCGCUAAUGAAAUACAAGUUUCUUUAUCAUCUGACAAAGAAAAUGAUAAGAAUGACAGGUUUCCUUCAAGUUGUGUAAAAAGUAAUCAGUUUUAUGGUCAGGAACCUGAUUCAACAACAAGAAAAGAAUCCACUUCAGAAUUAAAAAGAAAAGAAGGAUAUCAUAAUGGAAUAAAAACUAUGACAAAGGUAUAUAAAAUAUUCAUAAUUACAUAAAAUAAGUUUUGUAGUACAUAGAAAUUUUUUGAUGCAUUUCUUUUAUCAAAUGGAUCUAUUUGUUCAUCUGAAUAAAUGAUUGUUUUACAGUAGAGCAUCAAUUAUCCGAAUCAAUUGGGGACUGGGGUUGUUCGGAUAACUG